UACAGAGCUCGUUUUGUAAUUGGUAACUGUAUUUGGUUUUUAUCUGAAUUGUGCCAAACAAAUAAACUUGACUUAGAAACACAGUGGUUCCCACAACCAAACAAAAUCUCCUUUUAGCAAAGAUUUUGUGGCUUUAUGUGAGUUUUGGGAACAUUUGAGACGCAGAUGUUGCAGCAGAUGUUGGGCUGCAGUCAGGUGAGCCGGUGAUUAUCUGGUCUGGUUUCAGAUGGGCGGUUUCUCUAAACAUCUGCAGCUAUAAGUAGAGCUCCAGUCUGUGUGGCGCUGUAGAGACGGAGCGGAUGGGAUCUCCAGCCUGGUUCUGUUCUGCAGCUCCUCCUCCAUGGAAGAUUUGACUCUUACUGCAGGACUGAAAUCUGAAACACUGAUCAUGUUUUCUGUAUGAUUUAUUUUUGAAGCAGGAUGAUGAUUAACUCCACACAGGUUUUGUUUUUCACACUAACUGCCUACUUUCACUCUGAUGUCCUGAACUAUUUGUAUUUCUCUGUUGUUCUGUUUCUGUAUGUCCUGAUUAUUGGCUCUAAUCUCCUGCUGAUCACAGUGAUCUGUGUGAACCGGAGCUUGCAUGAACCCAUGUACAUGCUCCUCUGCAGCCUGUUUGUGAACGAACUGUUGGGCAGUUUGGGUUUGUUUCCCUUCCUGCUGGUCCAGAUCCUCUCUGAUGUUCACACCAUUUCUGCUCCGCUCUGCUUCCUGCAGAUCUACUGUGUUUACACCUACGCUCACAUCGAGUUCUGCAACCUGGCCAUCAUGUCGUAUGACAGAUACCUGGCCAUCUGCCGCCCCCUGCAGUACCACGCCCUGAUGACGCCGUCCCGGACCGCCAGGCUGGUCGCGCUCACCUGGCUCUUCCCUCUCCUUGAAUCUGUAGCAGGAAUAUUAAUGACCAUCUCUCUGCAGCUCUGCGGAAACGUGAUCCAUAAAAUCUACUGUCACAACUACUCCAUCGUUAAGCUGGCCUGCGCAGACACCACAGCCAGCAAUGUUGGAGGAAUAGUCUACAUGUUCACCAUCAUCCUGGGGAUUAUCAUCCUAAUCCUUUAUUCAUACGCCGAGAUCCUGAAAGUGUGUUUCUCUGGUUCCAAGCAGACCCGACAGAAAGCGCUCAGCACCUGCGCGCCUCACCUGGCCUCGCUCAUUAACUUCUCCUUUGGAUGUUUCUUCGACCUGUUUCAGAGCAGGUUCGACGUGAGCGCGGUUCCUGAGGCGCUGCAGGUUGUUUUAUCGCUGUACUUCCUGACCUGCCAGCCACUCUUCAACCCUCUGGUGCACGGACUCAACCUGUCAAAGAUCCGCAGCUUCAGCAAACGGCUGGUUCUGGGGACCAGCUGAGCCUCCUGCCGCACAAAAACACAAAACCUCACCAAAGGUUUCUGGUGUCCAAAUGUCUUCAUAGCUGAGAUCAGCUAAAUCUGAUUUAUUGUAAUAACCCAGAAAUUAUUACAAUAAAUCACAAUACUGUUGCUUUAGAACCAUUUACAAGUAAUAAGAUGCAAAUUGAAUUCCCAAAGAUAAUUAACUUUAAAUUUCAAUGAACAGAAAAUAAAAAAUAUUUUAAACUAUUCUAAUAAAUAAACAAAACAGCAGAAACAACAAAUAAAAAGAAUCAUAAAGCAUCUGUAAAAUCUGUCCUUUAAUAAAUCUGUUAGCUGAGACCAAGUAGGAAUAAGAGAAAACUAACUUACAAGUAACUUCUUUUACGUCAAUAAUUCAUUAAUGUUAAUAUUUUAAGAUGAUUUAUUUCACUGUUAGAUUAUUUCACUUACAUCAAGUGACAUUUUCCCAUAAAAUGAAAUAAUCUCACAGUGGAUUUAAUACUGUUUUAAAUGUCAACUUUAAGGAAUUACGGUUUUAAAACAAGCUCCUAUAUGUGGCUUAAAAGUUAUUUUAAAGUUAUUUUUCUCUUAUUUCAGGUGAACUAAGACUUUUGUUCUGGAAACUAAAAUGCUUGGUAAUAUUUUGUGUUUUUUGCAGAUGGAUUCUUUGAACAAGUGUUUCAUAAACUAAAGCUGCUUUUACCGCCUGUCAGUUGCAAUAAACUCUGAGUUUAUAUCUAU